AAAUUUUAUGAUUGUAAGUUUAAAAACCAUACCUUAAUAUGUUUCUUAUAAACUUACCUGAACUUGCAAGGCACCCAUUUUUCACCAAACAUUGUCUGUUAAUCACUAUAAGAAAAUCUACGAGCUCAAAUGGUUUCAGGUAAAAUAAUCACCUGAUUCCAUGGCUACUACAAAAUUCUUAACCCUUUUGAUUCUAACAUUGGCAUUAAGCUUUUCGUACUUCCCUCUCGUAAGCCCCAUUGAUUUCAAAUAUCCGGCGGUUUUCAACUUCGGCGAUUCCAAUUCCGACACCGGCGGCAUCGCUGCCGGAAUCGCUUUCCCUUUUGGGCAACCCUAUGGCCAAACCUACUUCCUCAAACCCUCUGGGCGUUUAUGUGAUGGCCGUCUCAUUAUUGAUUUUCUCAUGGAUUCAUUAAAGCUACCUUUUCUAAAUCCAUACUUGGAUUCAAUUGGUGCACCAAGCUUCCAAAAGGGUUGUAAUUUUGCCACUGGUGGAUCCACCAUACUUCCAGCCAAUGCAGCUUCAUUAAGCCCGUUCUCCUUUGGGGUUCAGGUGUCUGAAUUUGCUAGAUUCAAGGACCGUGCUCUUCAGCUACUGGCCAAAGACAGUAGGUUUCGCAGAUAUCUUCCUUCAGAAAGUUACUUCAGGCACGGUCUCUACAUGUUUGAUGUGGGACAGAACGAUCUUGAUGGUGCAUUUUAUUCUAAAUCAGAGGACCAAGUAGUUGCUUCAAUCCCAAGUCUCCUAUCAGAAUUUGAGACAGGAUUAGAGAGAUUAUACGGCGAGGGCGCUAGAAAUUUUUGGAUACACAACACUAGUCCCCUCGGAUGCUUACCAAGAAUUGUUGAUAAAUAUGGAAAAGACCCAUCAAAGCUGGACCAAUUUGGAUGUGUUACUUCUCACAACAACGCUGCCAAUGCUUUCAAUUCUCAGCUACGUGAUCUUUGUCAGAAGUUCCGGGGACAAUUUCCUGAAGCCAAGGUUACUUUUGUUGACAUUUACUUAAUAAAAUAUAACCUCAUUGCAAACUAUUCCCAAUUUGGGUUCAAACAACCUAUAGCAGCUUGCUGCGGCUAUGGUGGUUUGCCAUUGAAUUUCGACAGCCGGAUUGCUUGUGGUGUAAGCAAGAGCCUGAAUGGGAGCAUGGUGACAGCAACACCAUGUAGUAACACUACAGAGUAUGUUAAUUGGGAUGGGAACCAUUACACAGAAGCUGCAAAUCAGUAUGUUUCAUCACAAAUAUUGACUGGAAAUUUCACCGAUCCACCUCCUUCUUCCAAUUUACACCUCCUUAUGGGUUCCGAUGUUUUCAGUUCAUAGCUACACUUUGUUUUUAACAUAAAAAAAAAUACAUAAAAGAUAUGUGUGUAUGUAUGUAUAUAUAUCCAUCUCAAAUACAUCAUUUUCUCAAAUAAAUUAAAAGUAUUUGAGAUUUACAAGCAUAGACUGCAUAGGUUGUAUACAUCUAAGUGUUAAUUCUGUAUUUAUAUAUUUUUAAAUUCCUAUA